AUGCCCGCCGCAUCUUCUCUGACUGGUCCUGACUCCCAGAAGUCAGGCAAGGGCCUUUCUGGCAAACACAAGGGUGCGAUUGUGACAAGGGUUAUGGAUUUGUUGGCCAAGAAAGCCGGGCUUAAGGACGACUCCCGCCGCAUCGCUAGCAUUGGCUACAACGCGGAGACUAUUACAUCCACCGAGGCCACUGCUCACUUCUGCCGCAGAGACGAGCAUGUAGAAGUCAUCGACUCUCCCAACCCCGACUCCAACAACAACCUCAGCAACGUUGUGCUGUUCAAAGUCGGGGCUGCUCGACCGUUGGAAAAACUAGGAGCUGUCGACGCAGCCGCUGGAAAUGUUCGCAUCAAAAUCGGCCAUGAAACAUGGACCCUGUCUGUCUCCGGACGCAUGUCAGCCAACCUCGCCUUCACCGACAAGCACUGCCUGAAUAAACGCAUCCAUACUGUCAAUAAAGAUACCGAAAACGUCGAUUUCUGGGUCCUCGGCCCGGGCGUAGAGGCCUUCCCGCACGAGUUAUUCAUUACCCGUGAAUUCACCGUCGCGCACCGUCUCGACCGUCGAGUCCGCAGGCCUCUGAAACUUUCCCGCAAGGGCCUGCGUCGGACGCUCCCCGAUAUUCCUGAUGGCGAGCAGCGAAUUUCAUAUCUACUGCCAAAAAAAAAAGAGCUAACGUCCGAAUAG